AUGCUCAUGCCCUCCGCCUUCUCGUGCGAUACGUCGCAGCCGCCCCUCACCCGCCUCCAGGCCUCCUUGUUCGCAUCGCCUCCCGCGAGCCCCCCAACCCUCUCGAACCCCGGCUUCGGGAACAUCUUCGACACCUGCCGCUCUCUCCAGGCCCUUCUCUCGGCGCCCCAGCAUUACCAGACCGCCGCCGCUCCCACCUACGACGCGCAGCAGUACUCGCUGCCCACGCCCGCCCAGCUCCCGACGCCGCCCCUCGCCCACGCGCCGUCUCCCCUCAAGCUCCGUCUGCGCUCGCGCGCGAGGCAAGAUGGCGCCCUCGCCACCAGCGACCACCUUCCGCGCAAGCGCAUCGCAAAGCGCGCACCGCCCCGCGGCGUGAACAAGCGGCGGCGCGCGGCCGACGAUGACAUGGCCCGGGGUGACACGGAUGAGGACGUCGAGAGCGACCUCGAGAUCUCGCCGCAGCGCCAGUCUUUCUCCGAAGACCAGAACCAAAACAACAACAACAACAACACCCACACACCCUCCGCGCCAUCCACACCCAAGCGCGCGCGCAUCGCGCCCGAGGUCAUCCCCCUUGGCCUCGACCGCUCCGACUACCACACGCUACACCUCCUGAACGGCAGCGACCGGACGAACAGGAACGACACGGAGGAGGAGCAGGGCUCCAACGUGGAGGUUGAGGCCGACGGGGAGCGGUGGAGCGCCGAGGAGGACCGCAUACUCGUGGAGCUCGUGCUCGAGAAGCUCAAGCUCAGCAAGACGGAGUGGCAGGACUGCGCACGCAGCCUGGGCAAGGACCGGAACUGUCUGUCGCGGCGGUGGAAGAGCCUCAUGCUGCAAGGGGACGUCGGCCUCAAGGGCCGGAGGAGUAGCCGGAGGACCAAGCUCCACGGCACCUGGCGGUAG